AUGGCUGAAGAUUCCAAUUACAGUGACAGUGAUUCAUCUUGUGAUUGGACUGUCAUCAGUUAUGAGGGAUCUGAUAUUGAGAUGGUGAAUUCUGAACAUGGUGUAGCCAGUGAUAAUGGGCUGCUUGUUCUAGAAGGUUCGUUUUUUGAGCAUGAGGAAGUUCAAGUUUUGUCAGGUGUAAACAGCCAGAGGAACACAAUGGUGAUGGGAGAAAUUGCUCAUCCAGCUGUGGAAGAAACCAAGUCAGCAGUUGAAGAAGAGGAAGAAACACCAUUUGAAGACAUUAUCUACUUUGGAACUGUCAGUGAUGAUUCUGAUAUUGUUACCCUUGAGCCACCUAAGUUAGAAGAAGUUGGAAUUCAGGAAGAAGCUGUAAUUGUUGAAGAAGCAGAGAGCUCAGAAACCUUUCACAUGGCUUCUUCCUUUAGCAGCCAGUAUACACUCUGUCAGUCAGAAAUUGCAUUUUCAUCUCAACAUAAUGAUGAUGAAUCACGUAGUGAUGAAAUUGGUUAUCAGCCCAGUCCUGCUGAAGAGGAACCGUCUGCUGAACAGGAGCCUGAACCUUGCAAGGAGAACUUGGAUAAGCACCAUUUCAAAAAUGUACUGACUGAAAAAAAGGAAAUAGAAACCUUACGGGAAAGACUCACUGAGCUGGAGCGGAAGCUAAUCUUCGAACAGCAGCGUUCAGAUCUGUGGGAAAGACUGUAUGUUGAGGCAAAAGAUCAAAUUGGAAAACAAGAAACGGAUGGAAAUAAGAAAGGGAGCAGGGGAAACCAGAGGGCACAAAAGAAGUCAAAGGAAACAUUUUUGGGUUCAGUAAAAGAAACAUUUGAUGCAGUGAAAAAUUCAGCCAAAGAAUUUGUGAGGCAUCAUAAAGAAAAAAUUAGACAGGCUAAAGAAGCAGUGAAAGAAAAUCUGAAAAAAUUUUCAGAUUCCGUUAAAUCUACUUUUAGACAUUUCAAAGUUACCAUCAAAAAUAACUUUGAAAAGAGAAAGAAAAGAUAUGGUGCUCCAAAAGAAGCAGCAGCUAAAAAAUCAAGAACAGUUUAUCGAGCGCAUUUAUACCCACAAUACAAGGCGACAACACAAAAGCACCAAAAUAGAUUUCCUUGUUCCAACGUUUACAAAUACAUCAUAAUGACUGCAUUUUAUUUUUCAAUUCUUUUUUAG